UUACCAUGGAAAUUAGCAGUGCAAAUUUUGAAAAUAUUCAUGAUUACACUCCAGGUGUCUGUGGUGUUUUCUGCUUGUUUAAGAAUCCCAACAAGCGUAGGACAGCAAAAGAAGCUUAACCACUCAAUUGUUUGUUUGACCAAUGGAAGGCAGGGAAAGUGGUCAAGAAACCUGUUUGAACACAGUCACUAUUUUUGCAAUUCUAUUUGUUGAUGCUAUUUGUGCAGAAAUGGCACACUUCAGCUUUAAAUGUAAUCUUUUUCUGACAUAUUGGAGGAUUUGCCACUAAACAUGCUCAUACUGUUUGGACUAAAUAACCAGCUUGUGGUGUCCUACAAGGAGGAGAACCUGAUGGCCUUUAAGAAUUUGUUUCUGAAGGGCUACAGUGGUGUGGACGAGGAUGACUACAGUAUUUCUGUCUACACCAAACAGAGUGUGUAUGAUAGUUUACACUAUGUGAUAGAUCAGUAUUCCCAGUUAGGAAACCUGUCUGUAGGUCCUGCUAGUUAUGCUGAAGAGAAUGGAGAGUUUCUGCCCUUGAUCAUCUGUAAGAAGAGCUACAAAAGAGGCAGCGUUGAACCGUCUGAGGAACCGUAUGAUAUUGAUGCAGAGCUUGAAACAGAUUGCUUAACUCUUGAUCCAGAGUCCUCUAAAACAUGGAGAAUGAACAAUGCUUCAUUUUUUGAGUUGGAAUUUUAUAGGCUUGUCGAUAUUGAGAUCACUUUCGCGCUCAAAGGAAUCAACUUGAAAACUGUUCGUUCUCAUGAGCUGCCAGACUGUUACACAUUUUUUGUGAAGAUUUUCUUUGAUAACAGUUGUCAUAGCGGGAAGGUGAAAUUGACCAUUGAUUUCGAUGCGGUUAGUAGUGUGUGCAAAAACUGGAAGAUUUCAGGAACUGCUCAGAAAAGCACUCACUACCUCCUGAUCUUUGAUGGCUUUGUUAUUAUAGUCUGUCUGAGCUCUGCAGUGCUCUGCACACGUUCUAUUAUACUAGCUGUGAGGUUACUUCAGCGGUUUUCUAGCUUCUGUCUUGAGAAUUAUAAUCAGAAAGUGUGUGAAGAUGAUCAGAGGGAGUUCUUGAAUGGCUGGUACCUCUUGGUGAUCAUCAGUGAUGUUAUGGCCAUCAUUGGAUCGAUACUAAAAAUGGAAAUACAGGCUAAGAGCAUGACCAACUAUGAUGUCUGCAGCAUCUUCCUGGGAACAUCAACUCUAAUGGUCUGGGUGGGCGUCAUAAGGUAUCUGGGAUACUUCGAAAAAUACAAUGUGCUUAUCCUCACUAUGCGAGCAGCCUUACCAAAGGUCUUGCGCUUCUGCUGCUGCGCAGGAAUGAUCUACCUCGGCUACACCUUCUGUGGAUGGAUUGUUCUUGGUCCCUACCAUGAGAAGUUUGAAGGUCUGAGUCGUGUGGCAGAGUGCCUCUUCUCUCUAGUCAACGGGGACGACAUGUUCCCUACAUUUGCAGAGAUUGAGCAAAAGAACACAAUGGUGUGGCUGUUCAGCCGAGCUUAUCUUUACUCGUUCAUCUCACUCUUCAUCUACAUGGUGCUCAGUCUCUUCAUCGUCCUCAUCACAGACGCUUACGAGACCAUCAAGGGUUACCAAACAACAGGCUUCCCCAUGACAGAGCUCCAGCGGUUUCUGAUGGGGCAGAAGGAGGGUUUCCCCCUCCAGGGGCAGGAGGGGGUCGACGCAGAGUGUGGCGAAGCCGAGACCGUCCACCCUUCUGUUGUGCUGUGUUGCUGCAAAAGGGUUCCCAAAGAUGACACCAUCAUUCUCAUCAGUUGACCGUUGCGACUGAUUCAAAGUUGAAUCUACUGAAAACUGCAAUGGACUUGCAGCUUAAUAAGAGAAAGUUUGUGUGAACAUGUUUACUACUCUAUGUACAUGGUUCAUGUCCUACACAGGAAGCAAGAUCUUCCUGUGAACAUGCCAAUUUCAUUAGGAGCUGGUAAGACCUGCAUUAGCAGACGGAUAAAUGCCAAAUCAUAUCUUCCAAAGUGCACUACAAUGCAAUUAAGAGCAACAAAUGAAGUGUUUUGUGGGUCAACUGGCAACCGCAGAAGAUGUUUGAUGCAUUUUGAUGUGCAAUCUGUAAAAUAAUCCCUGUCUAAUGUUGUACACUCUUAAAAAUAAAGGUGCUU